GGUGCAAUUCCUCUCUGUGUUGCUUGGUCACGUUGUGCACACGGGCGCGCGGGCACCGACUGCUUGUAUACACCCAAAGCGAUGAAUCCAGCACAGGCGAUGGAGCGCUCGUCAACCCGGCUCUACCGGGACUGCUUGAGGCUGGUCGACCACAUCGCCUCGAAGAGCCCCAAGGGCCAGCAGCUUCGUCUUAUCCUGAGAACCGAGUUCAAGAAGAACAUGGGCGAGACCGACCCAGUCAAGAUAGAAGCGCUCAAGGGAGGCGCAAUACGAGGAUUGUCAAACUACUUGGUGCACGAAUCGGGCAGCAACGACCCACAACUGAAGAAGCGAAUGGAAGCAGUCAAGACCCACGCCUUGGCCGAUCUCAAGCAACGACAACAGGAACGGGACGGGAAGCGGUGACAGCCAGUGCGCUUGGUUGCCGCUUGUGUCCGAUGCCAUAAAAUUUACCGGUCCCGGACGAACCCUGUUGGAAUUAAGAGUAGUUGAUGGUCUGCCUGCGGGCGCACAUUUUUCGGUGCAUGUUCUUUUGGGAUUCUUGCGGGAUGUAAAUAUGCCGAUGGUGGACGACGGGAGUCCCGCAUGGAGUGCAGGCAUUUCAUCAAGCAGUGGAUGUGCAAGGCGUAUUAUGAUGAGGACGUACCAUGAACGCGGUGUGCAGUGUACCAAGUACCAGGAAAAGGACCGAGAGGGACAAUAGAACCAGCCUCAGCUCGUGUUGCAAGAUGUCGCAUGGUUGCAAUGUCGGAUGUUGCACUGCUCCUACCCGCGUUGUGUGCCCGUUUUCAAGGUAAAAAAAUUGAAAGAUGUAAAUCGCGUCCGUAGUGUGACAAAGACCACGUCCAUUGAACAAUCGCUUCCCACGAGCAUAUAGCUAGCACAAGCGACGGUGCUCAAUUGUCCGUGGUAAUGGUAUUUUGCGAGGAGCCCCAGGCUAAGAAACUACUGUGAUUUCAGCCGAAUGCCAACGUAUUCGUAGAUGUCUCACUUCCUGCACGCUCUGGGUGGGCGGUCAACUGGUGGUCGGGGAGGUCUGCUUGUUUUCAACCUUCCUACUGCCCAAGGUCUCCAUCUCACCCAAACAACAAUGACAAAAUUUUUC